GGGAAGAAGAAGGGGAGCAUAAGUUGAAUGAUGCUGAUUGGAGCUUUGACUCGUCAGACGGGCUUAUUAAAGAGGCGGCCCUCCUGGAAUACAGGCAGGAGUUUUUGGGGUUGGCUUAAUGCCGUUUUCAACAAGGUGGACUAUGAGCGGAUCCAGGCCGUGGGCCCAGACAGAGCUGCUUCGGAAUGGCUUCUUCGGUGUGGGGCAUUCGUGCGUUACGAAGGCUUGGACAAGUGGCAGCAAGAUUACAACGGACUCCCUUCGGGACCCUUAGGGAAAUAUAAGAUACAGUCCAUUAAUGCCACAGAAUCUUGCAUCAUGGCCAAGGGAUUCGAUUAUUUGGAUGGCCUGGAGCACGUUGAGGAAAUCCGGCUUUGCAAGUGCAUGUACAUCUACGACGAGUGUUUGCAGCGACUGAGCCAGACGCCCAACCUGCAGAGAAGCCUCCAGCGCCUCUGGGUCAUAUCCUGCGGGAACGUCACGGACAAAGGCAUCGUUGCGCUGCAUAAGCUCAGUAAUCUGGAAUAUUUGUUUUUGAGCGACCUACCUGGGAUAAAAGAGAAGGAAGCCACUGCUCAGACCCUCAGGCAAGCAAUGCCAAGCUUGCAGCUAGAGCUGGACUUGGAUUAAAAGCAUUUCCACCUCAA